AUGUCUGACACACCCGAUACGGGUGAGAUAGAGAAAUUCAAUACGUCAAAAUUGAAGAAGCCAGAAACACAAGAGAAAAAUCUACUGCCUUCCAAAGAAAUGGUCAAACAGGAGAAGCAAGCAGGAGAAUCGUAUUGA